GAGGCACCCAGAGGUGUGUGUUAUCCUUGGCUCGCUGCCUGAUGGUCUCAAGCUUCCAGAACACACUCUGGCUCAGCUUAAUAGGUGGGAGAGAGGUCAGCCUCCCUCAGCCCUGCUUCAGCUUCACGGAACCAAGCCUUCAAGUGGCAACGUGGAUGGGUGUCUCCUCACGGCCCUCUUCUCUACGCGUGGAACUGGAGACUCCCUGAGGCUGAAGCGAUCACAGUUUUUUUUCCUAGAAAAGUCAGCUAUUUGGCAGAGUCCAAAAUUCAACAUUCCUACACGCUGUUGGUGGCCUUGAACUCUAGCCUGCCUCUCUAUCCAGGAGGGUAUAAAAUCUCAGCUGCUUGGGCCUUGCUGUAUCUUCAGCAAAUGACGUCCUCAACUAGCAACAUGAAGUUGGGUGGCCUCUUCCUCCUUGCUGUCCUCCUCACUCUCAACAGAGAGCUCCAGGCAGUUGGCAUUUGUGUGGAGGAGUGCCGAGAACACCGGGACUGCGGAGCAGGAAACCAAUGCAUCAGCAAUGGCUGCGGCCACGUCUGCGCACCUGCCCCACAAGCAGGCAUCUGUGUGAACGAGUGCACAGAGGACAGGGAUUGUGGGAGAGGAAAACAAUGUAUCAGGAAUGGCUGUGGGCGUACCUGCUCCCCUGUGGCUAAAGUAGGCCUCUGUGAGCAACAGUGCAGGAGAGACCGGGACUGCGGAGCCGGAAGACAGUGUGUCAGGAAGGGCUGUAGCCGAGUCUGUUCCCCCAGCCGUGCAGUAGGUAUCUGCGUGGAUGAAUGCCGAGGACACCAGGACUGCGCUGCAGGGAGUCGGUGUGUCAGCAACGGAUGCGGCCACGUGUGCUCACCCGCCCAAGACAGAGAUGAACAGAGGCCUGGAGCUUGUCCAAGCUUGCCAGAAGGAACACUUGGGCUUUGUGCUGAAUUCUGCACGGGGGAUGACUCCUGUCCCCCAGGAAGGAAAUGCUGCAGCAACGGUUGCGGGCACACUUGCCAAAUCCCUGUUCCAGACGAGGAGGACUUCCUUAUCCGUUUGGAUGAUAAGUGAACCUUGGCGUCCCUCAGUAACUGAUCCCAAAUGGCAUCUUUAUCCUAAGAGCUGAGCUUUCUUACUGUCUUUUCCGGAACCCCAGGAUGCCAGGAUAUGGGUCUCAGAUAACGUGGUUUAAGUAUUGAAUUCCGGCAAUUGUUUGAGGAAACAUGGAGGGACUGCUUCCAAAAUUAUCUCUCUUCUGAAUAAAAU